CCCCGGGAUGCAGCAGACGUGGUAUCCCAAUGGGAAACACCACAUCAACAAUUUUUUCACACUCAAUCAAUCCCAAACCCAAAAAACAAUUGAUGUGGUGUUUUCCCAUUGGGUUGGGAUACCACGUCUGCUGUUUCCCAUGAUACAGCAGACAAAAUCCUUCUUUGUCCCUCUCAUGGCCGUCGAUCACCCAACGUCUUGCUUCCUCCAUCUCACUGGUCGCCGGAGCCUGGGCUACCUCGACGAGGAGGCUAUAUCACAUCGAUUCUAGUUCGACAUAUUUGUUCUUCUUCCGGUGGCGAUCUACUAGUCUUGUCUUCCAUUCCGAAAAACAAACUCAUUGGGUUAAUGACCAUUAGCAUCCACAAUGUCUCAGUUGUAAUUUUUAAUUACUGCAGGCAGAAUUACUGUCUUUAUCCAUGAAUUGUUUCAAUCUAGCCAUCCAUACUACAAGUGAUUUAGGAAGCUACCUUGUGAACUUUUAUAUUAAUUAUUUUGGUGACCUAGCAUGUCAAUUUUAACCAUUAACUUUUUAUGUUUUUUCUUGAAUUAAAUUUUGUUCUUCAA